AUGGACCUGUCGAAGAUUCCCAUGUCGCAACCCCCUCCGGGGCAGGUGACUAAUUUCGUGGACCCGGUGUCCAUCUCUUGGGCCGGGAGGCUGUCGAUUUGGUUGACUCUGCCAAUCAUGGUCAUUGCCUUUGUGCUCCGGGCUUAUGUCCGUCUGAAGACAAAGCAACUCGGGACUGACGACUGUCGGCGCUGCUUCAUUCUGUGGGACUCUCAUUCCGGUUUGUACGUUGUCGUCCCUUUUGUUUUGCCUCGCAGGAUCGGGGUAACUCAUUCCAAAACAGUCCUCAAGGAUGUAUGGGGACGUCAUGCAUGGGAUAUCCCCGUCUCCUCGAUCGUGCCGUGGUUCUUCAAGUACUCGGUGACGGCGGGGUGCCUGUAUAACAUCAGCGCCAUGUUCACCAAGGUUUCGAUUCUCACGUUCUACCUCCGCAUCUUCUCGCCCUCUCGCCGCGCCCGGGCCCUCAUCUGGAGUGGCAUCGCCUUUGUUGUGGUGGGAUACAUCACGCUGACCAUCUGUAUGCUGGCCUGGAUGGUGCCCCAUCGGGGGGACGGGGGCUGGGGAUCGACGGCCAACACCUCGCGGAUGAACGUCGCCUCGCGUCAACUCGACUUCACGCAGGGCAUCUUCAGUGUGGUCUCCGACUUCUACGUCAUGACCAUCCCCACAGGCAUCAUCUUCCGUCUGAAUAUGAAGAACAAGAAGAAGCUGGGUGUGGCGUGUAUUUUCCUGAUCGGUUUCAUAUCGCUUGGCUGCUCCAUUGCCGGGACCGUCCUCCGCUAUCAUGCCAUGGUCUUCACGGUGGAAGACAACCGGUGGCUAUCUGUAAAAUUUGAGGCACUAUGUGUGGUCGAGCUCAACAUCGGCAUCCUCUGCGCCUGUGUUCCGGUGUUCUUCGUCGUGUUGCGCACCUGGCUGCAGCGAACCGAGUCGGGGUUCGUGUACCUCAAACAACGGCUGACGUUGUCACGGGCGAGCAAAUCCACGGUGGCCCUGAGCGACCAGGCGCAUAAGCCGGGCGUCUCCCUCGACAUUCCGACCGGUACCUUGUCAGGGCUGAGGUCGAUGUUCCGCAGACCGAAGCCGAUCGACCCGGAAGAAGGCAAACUGGGGAUCCAGGUUUCGCAUUAUUAUGAGCUCCAGUCGGUGGAUGUCGACUACCAUGCGCAUCUCCGGGGCGAUUCCGCCAGCGGGAGGGACCCAUCGCUGAGGGGCGGCGUCAAGGGGGGGGUUCCGGGGGGUGCUUAG